AUGUUCGCGCCUCGCAGCUUGCGGCGCAGCACCAGUGCCCCAGGAAGAGCCGGUUCUCCAAGCCCGGCCUCUCCUUCACACGCUUCGCCGCGCAGGUCUCGUGCGAAGCCUUUCCUUGCCUUGAACGAGCCUUCCUUGGCUGAGAAUGCCGAGAAGAAGGUCUUGAACAUCUUGGCUUUCACAGGUGCCGACAGGCAGACAGACGUGCGAACGUCAACGCCGGCAGGAGAUAGCAAGAUGGAUGGCUCCACAGCAGCGGGAGAUGAUUCUGUAGCAGCAAGCGAGAAGUCUUCAGAUGUUGGCGGGGAGCGCCCGGACGAGACGGCUGUGCAGGUUCCGCUUCGGAAGACGCUGUCCUGCUCUGCUAAAGGUAUCUUGGGCCACUUGGGUAGCAAGCUGAUGGAAAGCGCCUCGGGGCCUGUGUUGCCACCAGGAUCACCCCUCUCUCCUUGCAGUCAAUACCCACCGAUGGCAACUUCUGCCUCGCAGAUGCUGCCCCGUGAAAGUACAGGGCCUCUGCUGUGGCGGAGGACUGCGUUUGCAGCUCCGGUGGCGACUCCUCAGCAGUGUCCCGGUGGUGGCUUGGUGGUUCCGGUGGUGCGUCGCUGCCGCGAGAGCUCACCACCCUGCCAAGUGAUGGCAGCAUGCCCGCCGAGCUCCCAGCAGAUCCAGCAGCCUGUGCAUGUUGCUGCUGCCUGGAGCCAGCACUCGGUGGUGCGGCUAGUGAACCCGGCGCAGCAUCAAGUUCUACAUGCCGCCCCACAGCUCCGUACCAGACCAAGUGUGCUGGUGCAGUAUGCAAUCCAGCCUCAGGCUGUUGCUGUUGCACCUGCUCGCUUUGCCCAAACUACAGUUCCUUCUGCUGAAACUGUCGAGUGUGCCGAGCCUGCCGACUCGGCGACUGCAGCGAGCGCCGUUCCACACCCUUUGAAGGAUCCGGCGCAGAUCCAGGCUGAGGAACAAAUCGCCAAAGAAGCUGCGGCAGCGGAGAGGAGAGAGAACGCACGCUGCGACAUUUGCGAGGACUGCCUCAGCCGGGCUUUGCCUCAGUCACCGGCGUCUUCGGGAUCAGUUGCUGGCGAAGCCUGGAUGAAAGUGCUGGACGGGUCAGGGUCGCCCAUAGGCAAUUCUGGCAGCUGGCCAGUCUCUUCUUCGGCCGUCAAGCAGCAGUUGUUAGCGAACCUGGCUCGACCUCGUCGGCCCUUGGAGUGGGGUGCCGGUCAAGUCAGGAGGAGGCGCUUGCCGCCGAAAGCCGAAGUGUCGGCUGAAGACGAGACAGCGCGAAAGCAACUCCCUGGAAAGCAGCGGAUCUUCCUGAAGACCUACGGCUGCGCCCACAACAACUCCGACAGCGAGUUCAUGAUGGGCCUUCUGCAAGACUACGGCUACACCUUAGCAGAGACCGUGCAAGAUGCCGAUGCGCUGGUGGUCAAUUCUUGCACUGUCAAGGGCCCGAGCCAGGACAAUGCUGUGAAUUUGGUGAAAAGUGCUCAAGAUGCUGGCAAAGCGGUUGUAUUAGCUGGCUGUGUGCCCACGGCAGAUGCCAGCCUUGCGAAGUCUCUCGUGGGAGUCAGUAUGAUCGGAGUGACGCAGCUGGAUCGGGUGGUCGAAGUGGUGGAACAUGCAUUGCAGGGCAACACCGUCAGCCUUCUCAACCACCGGAGCUCCAUGCCUUCGCUGGACCUGCCGAAGGUGCGGCGCAAUAGCUUCGUUGAGAUUAUUCCCAUCAGCGGAGGCUGCUUGGGAAACUGCUCCUACUGCAAGACGAAGCACGCGCGAGGAUCGCUCUCUUCAUACUCGGAGGAGGCCAUCGUCUCAAGGGCGCUCCAAGCUGUAAGCGAAGGAGUCAGCGAGGUUUGGCUCACUUCCGAGGACACAGGUGCCUAUGGUCUUGACAUUGGCAGUAACAUUGCCUCUUUGCUGAACCGUGUGGCGGAUUCAUUGCCGGAGCAUGUCAUGCUCAAGCUGGGCAUGACAAACCCGCCCUACAUGCUGGCCCACAUCGAUGCAGUAGCGAAGGUCUUCCAGAGACCUAACGUCUUCGAGCACCUGCAUGUACCGGUGCAAUCCGGCUCCGACCCUGUGCUCCGAGCGAUGGUUCGUGAGUACACCUCCGGUGAUUUCCGCCGCUUGGUGGAUGGCUUGCGGGCACAGGUUCCGGGCUUGUUUGUGGCUACCGAUGUGAUUUGUGGCUUUCCGGCAGAGGGCGAAGAAGACCAUCAAGCCACUCUGGCCUUAGUGAGGGACUAUCGAUUCCCAAUGUUGAACAUUUCCCAGUUCUAUCCUCGUCCGAACACGGCGGCAGCGCGCCUGAAGAAACUCCCUGGGCAUAUUGUCAAGGCGAGGAGUACAGAGAUGACGCAGUUGUUUGAGUCGUAUUCCACCUGGGAUCACCUCGUUGGCCGCAGAGAGCGUGUUUGGUUUUCGGACACAGACACGAAGCGCCAGCAAACAGUCGGCCACACGAAAGGCUACGCCAAAGUUGUGGUGAAGCGAAAUGAUGCGCUGCUGGGGAGAAGUGCCUUUGUUCAGGUGAAUCGAGCCACCAAGUGGCACGUGGAGGCUGUGGUUGAGGCAACUCAGCUUGACAUCAGCACAACCGACCUCGCCACGCUGAGACAGGCAAGGACAAAGUUACUCAAUGCUCUGGCAUCGGCGCAGGAGGUCGACCUGCCUCGGGUGGAGCGCACUGUGGCAGAGCAGCAAAGAAGACGCCUUCACAACGCCCUGCAGGAUAUGAAGGGCCAGCUUCGUGUGUCCUGCCGCAUACGCCCGCUCAGUGAAGAAGAGAAGGCCCAGAAAGGCGAGUUGGGAGAGCCUGCGCUGCGGCCGCUGGAUAGCUCGCGGGUGGAACUUCUCUCGCGAGAGGGGCCGGCACAAGUGUUCGAGUUUGACAGCGUGUUCCGGCCAGAUGUCCCGCAGCAGGUCGUUGAGGAGAUCUUCGAAGAUUGCCGCGAUCUCGUGCAGUCCGCAGUUGACGGGCAUAACGUGACCGUCAUGACCUACGGUCAGACUGGGGCCGGAAAGACCUACACCCUGUUUGGGAACAAAGACCAGGAGGGGCUGGUGCAGUACAUGAUCCGAGAAGUCUUCGCGCGCCUCGCUGACCAGGAGGACGACGAGGAGUGCACCGUCAGCGUUGCCGGUUCCGCUUUGGAGCUGUACAACAACCACUUCAUCGACUUGCUCCGCCCGGUCGACCGAACAGGACGGCAAUCUCCCGGUGUCAAGGUGUGUGUUGAUGCACAAGGCUUCGUCGAAGUGGACGGGCUUGUGCAGGACAUGGCACAGACUGGCGAUGAUUUACUGGAAAUCCUGCAGAAGGGUCUGGCACAGCGUGUUGUGGCAGAGCAUGCGCUGAACGCAGAUAGCUCUCGCUCACACAUGAUCUUCACAGUCAGGCUGCAAACCGAAGGUGGCUCAAAGAAGGCUUCAACGAGAAAGCUUACGUUUUGCGACCUCGGCGGCUGUGAAAGGAUCAAGCGAACUCAAGUUGCUGGGGAAUUGCAGAAGGAGGCCAUUGAGAUCAACAAGUCGCUCAGUGCACUAAGCGGCGUCAUUGAGGCUGUUGCUGGCCGGCGGCGGCAUGUUCCAUACAGGGAUCACAAGCUCACGCGGCUGCUACAGGAUGCAGUGGGUGGCAGUGCAAAGGUCCUGAUGUAUGUGUGCUGCUCGCCGGCCAGAUCAAACAUCGAUGAGACAGCUGCAGCACUGAAGCUGGCCUCAAGAGCAGCCAAGGUGGUGAAUCAGCCGAAGCAUGCAGAAAUUGCAGAAGCAAGUUCCAGCUUGUGA